AGUUGUUCUACGCCAGCCGCUACGGACGCUACGUUCGGCGCUACGAUGCAAGCUACGAAAUAGACGGUCAUUCUCAAACUUUUGAUGCUCCUAGUCGGCUUACGAGUGUGGUCCUAAUUAUGUUUAGUGUAGUUUAGUGUAGUCAAGUGAAUUAGGAAGUGUGUGUAUGAAUGAUAAUGGUGAUCAAAAUUACUAAGUUCGCCAGACACGAAGCGCGAUGAUCUUUUCAUUUUACAGAUUAUGAAGCCUUGGGAGGGGUUUGGCCUCGUUCAGGCGCUAUGUGGAGUGUGGGCGUGUUCUUCCUUACACAGAUAGUCCUGUGCCAAUUAACCACUGAACAAACAUCAUCACUAUCGUCUACAGACGAAACACCGACCGUAACGUCUUUCUACGCACUCAACACUGUCAUGGUACCAGCACCAGUUAUGCUUCGGCUAGGAAACUCGACAAUCGAUAGCACAAAAUCCUUUAAAGUACCACAGCCCACAGGGGAUCCGACGGAAAACUUAACAGACCAACCUGCACGCGAUACAACGAUUAAAGAUACCCCAAGAGUUGAUGUGGUACCUCAUGUUGUGUCAGCCAAGAAUACAUAUUUUGACCAUGACAGGAAAUAUGGUCCAACUUUCGAAGACACUCCUGAGGGUAACAUCACGAAGAUCACAGUUCAGUUAGGGGAGGACGCUCAUCUUAACUGCAGAAUUAGUCUCUUACAAGACAAAACGGUAUCUUGGGUACGACGUAGAGGCAAAGACGAGAUCCCAGAAUUGCUGACCGUGGGCGCUGUCACGUACGCAGCUGAUAAUCGGGUCACAGUGGCCAGGAGAUACCCUGGAAACUGGAGGUUGCUCAUCAGGGAGGUAAAACCGGACGACGAAGGAGUAUACGAAUGUCAGAUAUCAACACACCCACCUAGAGUUAGCAGGACCUAUUUACAUAUUAACACUCCUCAGGUGUGGGUAGUCGACGAAGCCGGCGCCCCUCUCCUGGAAAAGUACUACGAAGCAGAAUCAACCCUGGCGCUGGUCUGCAGGGCUCGCCACGUCGAGACACCCACAGUCCUUACUUGGCUGCACGAAGGGCGCGCAUUAAAUGCUGAUACCACUAGAGGUGGGAUAAGCGUCAAGACGGAGCAGGUUCCUGGCGGGGCAGACAGUCUGCUACGCUUAGCACGUGUUAACAGUAGCGACGCUGGCAACUACACGUGCGCCGUCCGAGGCGCCAGAUCGCAUACUGUUUCCGUACACGUGCUUAAUGAAGAAAGCCUAGCCGAACUUCACGCUGCCGCCCAUCCGCAGCAACCUUCAGCGAUGACCCUCGCGACAUUAUCAAUAACCGUCGCACUAUCAACAGACAAGUCUCUGUUAUUCUUAACUGUGAUUCUAUUCACAAAACUGGCCCAAACAUUUGUUGGUCAGAACUACUUCAACGAACAUUUUAUUGUACUGUUACCUACGUGAUAAAUAUGUUUAUAUGAUUUAUGUAAUAAUAAUAAUAUAUACUGUAAAUACGAGUUUUGAAUAAUACGAAUAGUUACUGGGAAAUAAAAUUUCAUUGUAAUAUAAA